CCUCGAUCUCAUCAGGCUCAGUCUGGAUGAGCGCAUCUACGUGAAGAUGAGGAAUGACAGAGAGCUCAGAGGCAGGCUGCACUGAUGUGUCUCCUAGUGGGACAAACUUUUGUGUCAUCCUUCUGGACUAUGGUACUGUGCUGAGGAAGAGAACCAGUUUCCCAUGUGUUAACUGGGCCUCAAAUUCAUUUGGGAACACAAAGGCAUAUGAUCAGCACUUAAAUAUGAUUCUGGGUGAUGUGGAAGAAACUGUAACAACAAUAGAGAUUGAUGAAGAAACAUAUGAAGAGAUUUAUAAAUCUACCAAAAGGAAUAUUCCGAUGCUCUUUGUCAGAGGUGACGGCGUUGUGCUUGUAGCUCCCCCACUGAGGGUUGGCUGAAGCAACCAAGGAUUGAACCUUCUUGGAAGGUUUCAGGCUCUUGGACAAUUUGUUUUGAUCAUGUCUCAAAAUUGUGUACACAUUUUUAUAGAAUGUUUUUGCCAGUUCUUUGUGGAAGAGGAAUGAGUUUUUCUUGCAGAAAGUACUUGUCAGCUGAAGCAGUGUAAGAACAACCUCAUUUGCCCUGAAUUACUGUAACUGCUGUAAAUGAGCUGUGUGUGACAUAAGUAAAAGAACCCUGUGUUUUUCAACAUUGGGAAUAGCGGUGUCUUUUUUUCUUUUAAAUAAAUUUGGUUUAUCUUUCA